GCAAAUUGCUAUGUUCUGGACCCCAACUUUGGCCGCAACCUAUUGGGUAUACAUACUUUAGCAAAACAAUAGUGUCUUUAGCAACAAGAUUUAGCAAGACUCGAAAAAAUAGAUACUAAAUCGCGAGAUCCACUUAAAGAACCGGUCAAAAAGAUGAUUAUACAAUUGGACAUUGAAAGUGACUCUGAUCCAAGACUUAGGACUAAUACAGAUGAAACAUACACGGUAAAAGUAGAUACAGAAAAACACCAGGUUUUUAUUCAAAUCAGUGCGGUUUCCUUUUGUGGAGUUCGACAUGGCCUGGAAACAUUAAGUCAACUGAUCUUACUUGAUCAAAGUACUGGUACUCUAAUAACACUAUCUCAUGCAGUUAUAAAGGAUACACCAAGUUAUAAAUACAGAGGCGUAAUGAUAGAUACUGGAAGGAAUUAUAUACCCGUUAUUGACUUAAUGAGAACAUUGGAUGGAAUGGCAAUGUGCAAACUCAAUACCUUUCAUUGGAGGAUAUCGGAUGUUACAAGCUUUCCUUUGAAGUUGUCAAAAGUACCUGAACUGUUUGAGCAUGGAGGCUAUGAUAGAAGCAUGGUUUACACAAGAGAAGAUGUCAAAGCGUUGGUAAAAAGAGCUGGUGUUCGCGGUAUAAGAGUUUUGAUAGAAGUGGCUUUACCUGGCCCAGUAGGGCAACCCUGGUCUUGGCUGUCAGAUACAAGUUGUCCAACUAAAACCGAGAACUUUACGUGCAACAAUCCUUUGUGUCUAAGAUUACUGAUGACAGAAUCGGUUUUUGAUGUUAUACAAAAUAUUUAUGCUGAAAUUAUUGAAUUAACGAAAGUUGAUGACAUUUUUCAUUUAAGCGAUGGAAUAUUUUCAGUUAUGCGUUGUCAUCAUUUAAUUGAAGAUAGAGAUGGAUAUCUAGAUAAAGCAUUAUUUCGUUUAAGAAUGGCAAAUAAAGGAUUCUUGCCGAAGCUACCGAUAAUUUGGUAUUCACCACAUUUGUCACGAGAUUUCGAAGCUAAAGUUUGGGAGAAAUUAGGUGUCCAACUCUUAGAUUGGACCCAAAAUCCUUCUGAAUUUUAUUUGAGUCAAUUUAAAGUGAUACAUUCCACGAAAUGGGAUUUAUCUUGCGAGAUGAAAAAGCAACGAUGUACUAGAUAUAGAACUUGGCAAGAAAUGUACUCAUGGAAGUCGUGGAGGAAUAUUGAAGUUUUUACGAUAGAAGGUGGUGAAGCCGUCUUGUGGACUGAUGUUGUUGAUACCGGUAACAUAGACGAACAUUUGUGGCCGCGAGCAGCAGCUGUGGCCGAGAGGCUGUGGUCAGAUAUGGUUGCAAACUCUAGCGCAACCAAAUUUGUCUACCUAAGGCUUGAUACACAUCGGUGGCGCAUGCUACUUCGCGGUGUGAAAGUUAAACCAAUUUGGCCGGCCUGGUGUAGCUUCAACCCUGGCAUAUGUUUAGAAAGAAUUCCUUAAUAAAAC